GGUAGCCACAGGGAUACGCAGCCGCCGCAGCGAGGUUUUAGGGGUAAGCGGAGAGGGACUCCCGGCGGCGGCGCGAAGCGGAGAGAGGGAGAGAGAUGUCGAAGCGAGCUGGUCCCCCGAAGCACCAGAACACCUACGCAUGGAAGCCCAACCUCGGCCGGAAGAUCAACGAGACCGAGCCCGGGGGCAGGUUCCGGCCUCUGUCGGAGAUCACCGGCGUCUGCCAGCGCUGCCGGGACCAAAUCGACUGGAAGCGCAAAUACGGCAAGUACAAGCCGAUUGUUGAGCCUGCAAAAUGCCAGAAGUGCAGUAAACGAAACGUCCGGCAGGCAUACCACAACGUCUGCACAGGUUGCUCCAAGGAGCUUGGGAUUUGUGCCAAGUGCUGCACCUCUGUUAAGCAUCUUGUUGGAAGGGAUGCUGAGGAAGCAAACAGUGAGCGCAAAGAACUAGAGGAGGCCAUCAGAUAUGCUAGGGAGAGGGAACGACGGACACUUCUUCGCCUUAUGAACAAAAACAAGGACGAGGAGAGCGGCACAUCAGUCCCGAAGAUCGCAGACCGAGAUCGGGAGGGCGACCUUUUCCCUGUUGCAUCCCUUGACGAAUAUGCUGAACAGGCUGUACAGAAGGAUGAGUCUGAUGAAGAAGAUGCCAGGGAUUUUGUGAAAGAUUAACUUGGCAAGGUUUGGUACUGUAAAAGGAUAUUUAGUUUUGUGCGCGGACGCUCCUUUGGGGUGUUCUAACUCAGCGGAGAAAUGCCAACACUUGUUUUAGCAGAGAUAUAUAUUUCUGUUUAUCAGAUCUUAUUUUGACCAGUGAGCUUACGACACCUUCCCAGUUAUGUUAUGCUUCUUCCUAAUAAGUGUAGGAUUCUGAAGCUGUAUUAUUAUUACAUGAGUGGUAUAUAUUGCUGUUGCUGGUUUACCUCCAGAGACAA